AUGGAGCCUACUUCAGCUUUCGCAACAAGUGGCGAAGAUGCGAUCACGCGGACCAUUGACCUCGGCGACGCCCCUAAGGAGCUCUCGUACGAAGAAUUCGAAGAUUAUUACGAGAUCGACCGCACAGUAGAACAAAUACGCAAAGGUGAUUACAAAAGGAUAGCUCUUCAGUUCCCUGAUGAGCUCCUGCAUGAUUCUGUUCCAUUAUACCGACGCUUGAAGGCGAGGUUGGGCCAAGGACGAGAGCUAUACGUCCUAGCUGACACAUCGUACGGCAGCUGCUGUGUUGACGAAGUCGCUGCUCAGCACGUCGAUGCAGAUGCAAUGGUUCAUUACGGACAUGCAUGCAUGAGCCAAACGUCCCGCUUACCAGUCUUCUAUGUGUUUGGGAAGAAGCCGAUCGAUCCUACGGACUGUGUAGACAAGUUGGUACAAACGCUAGCAAGUUCAAGCUCAGCGAACCCAAGGGAUGCAACAAUGCUUCAACUGGAUGUUGCAUAUGCUCAUAGAGCAGACGCGAUCCUGGAGAAGCUACGAGCAGCACUCCCUUCGACUACCAAGAUCCUCUAUUCACCAAUCCCAAAUAUGACCCACCCGUCUGCACCACUAAGCACAAUCGAAACAUCACCUCAGAAUGGACCGGCAGCUACUGAUGGCCAACGCAAAGGAGAAACAACGUCCGAAGACUGCACUAUCCUCUACGUCGGCGGGGAAAGCCUUAGUCUUACAAACCUGCUCAUGACGCAUGCAUCUUGUGAAGUGUACUCGUAUGAUCCCCAGACAAUGUCGACACGGCUCGAAUCCGCGCGUACCAACAAGCUCCUCAUGCGCCGAUACGCCGUAGUCCAGAAGGCCCGCGAUGCAGACGUCUUUGGCAUUCUCGUCGGGACACUCGGUGUAGCGUCCUACCUCCCGCUCAUCUCACAUCUGCGCAAGUUACUAGCAAAGUCUCACAAGAAGAGCUAUACGAUCAGCGUUGGAAAGCUGAACCCAGCCAAGCUCGCAAAUUUCCUAGAGAUCGACUGCUUCAUCCUCGUCGCAUGUCCAGAGAACAGCUUGAUCGAGGCUAAGGACUUUUUGCGUCCGAUUGUGACCCCAUAUGAGCUUGAAGUGGCGCUGCGGACGGAGCAGAGCUGGACGGGACGAUACGUCUUAAACUUUGACAAAGUGCUCGCCGAAUACGGACAAUACGAGGAGGAAGGUAAGUUCAGUGAAAGCAUGAGCUAUGUUCGUGACAUUGAAGUUCUUCCAGAGGAUCCGUCAGCCCGCGACGCAGAAGAUGUAGACGAACCUGUGUUCUCACUAGUCACCGGGAUGUAUCGACACGCCAAACGUUAUGGUUCCACCGCCUCCUCUCAACAACCGUCAGGCGACUCCGAGUCCUCCGCAGUCGUCCUUCGAAACCAGGAUAGCUCAGUCGCUGUCCUCGCUGAUAGUGCGGCCGGGCAAUUUCUCCAGAAUCGCACGUUCCGAGGCUUGGAGACCAGGGUUGGAAAAGACGCGCCGAGUAUUCUCGAGCAAGGCCGCAGUGGGAUCGCGAGAGGCUAUGCGGACGACCAUCGAUCGCAAUGA